AUGGAGCUGGUGUGGCUGCAUCUGAUGCUGAUCCACGUGCAGCACGUCACUGCAGUGACCUGGCUGUCCCUGGCCAAGCAGACUUCCCUGCAGGCAGUCCUCUGGGACCCCAGGGGCUGUGAUGGCCUGAGGGGGUUGGAAGAAGAGCAGGUCUGUGUUUGCCUGGCAGUGGAAGCCAUGGAGGUGACAAAGCGAGGUGCGGAGCUGGCUGUCCUCGAGUGCCAGCUCCAGUUUCACUCUUGCCGCUGGAACUGCUCCACCCUGCAGGGGCUGCAGGUCUUCGGCAAGGCCACCAUCCAAGGCACACAGGAGUCUGCUUUCAUCCACGCCAUCUCGGCUGCCGGCACUGCUUUUGCUGUGAGCCCUGCCUGCACGGGGGAGCUGCACGAGUGUGGCUGCAACCGCAAGGUCCGAGGAGUCAGCUCUGAAGGUUUCCAGUGGUCAGGCUGCUCUAAUAACCUGUUUUAUGGGAUUGCCUUCUCUCAGGCCUUCAUGGACAGCCCUGAGAGGAGCCGCAGUGUCUCCUCCAGCCGAGCGCUCAUGAACCUGCCCAGCAAUGAGGCUGGGAGGAAGGAAAGGGCUCCCCUGGCCCACAUGAAGGCGGAGUGCGAGUGCCAUGGCGUGUCGGGCUCCUGCGAGGUGCGAGCCUGCUGGAAGCUCAUGCCUCCCCCCCACACGGGCAACAUCCUCAAGGAAAAGUCUGAGGGGACAACAGAGGUUUUCCCGAAGCGGGUCGGUUCCCGGCAGCUCCUGAUGCCCAGCUCUCGCUUCAAGCCCUACAGCCUGGUCUACCUGCGGGCCAGCCCGGCCUGCGAGCGGGACCCUCGGCACGGCCCCUCCGGCACCUCCGGCCGGCAGCGCAAGCGGCCAUGGCCGGCCAGGGCCGGCAGCGAGCCGCGGUGCUGCGGCAGGGGCUGCCCGGGCCCGGGGGAGUGCUGCAGCUGCAGGCUCCAAUGGUGCUGCUCCCUCAAGUGCAGGCAGUGCCGGCACCUCGUGGAGCUGCACAGGUGCCGCCGAGGGACGGCAGAGCCGCCGCAGGGCAGAUGCCCGGGUGCCAGCAGCUCCCCCCGCAGCAGCCUCCCGCCAGCCGCCGUGGGCUGCUGUGAAAGACACUGA